UUGGAGGUUGGAAACUGUUGCUGAAGCAGAAACCUGACCCAGCAGCGCGACUUCUCUGUUUUCUUCUUCAUAUGGGUCUGCAUUUAUAAUUUACAUUUUUCUUAAAUGUUUAAAACUGGUGGCCAUAAAAGUGAGUUAUCAAGCAAAAUAAUGUGACAAGCUGACAGUGAAUUAGCUUAAAUAUGAUGUCGUUGGUUGAUGUUACAUACAGAAGAUACAUUUUUGCUUAUUUGACGUGUAUCACUGUGCAUCAUUUUGACACGGCACUGGAUGGAGCCCGGCAGUAUUGGGUCCAAACUAUAUGUUGUAUGUUAUCCCAAAGAGGGUCAUGAAAAUUGAAAUUGGAGCUACGGGCGUGUAAAGAUCUACAUGGGAAUGAAAAAAUCCAGGAUGAUAUCAUGUCUGCUUUGCUGCAGCCUUUGCUUUGUUUUCAUGCAAGUCAUCCUGCAUCGAUUAUUAAAACCACGUUUAGACACAAAAAUGACAGAAGAAGGAGGCAGCAGUACUGAAUAUCUGUCACAUGCCAACAUCGAGAGAUUUUUGAGGUUAUGUGGCAAUGCCAGCCUGCCCGUGUUUCUGUUUGAUGAGUACAUCUUGCAGCAGGUCUUGGCCAGUCCUAACAACAUGGAGAUUAAAAACAGAACUUGCAAGUUUCUUUGCAAUAAACAGCUGGUGACAUCCUUUGCAAUAACUGCUGAGAAGUGGCUACCAGAACAUAAGGUUCACAGUUUUAUCAAAGAAUCCGUAAAAGAAGGUUUCACAUCAGUCAUUUCAUUAAAAUCAGAACACUGGAACUCACAUCUUGAGUCUUAUUCUCAAGAUCCCAGCCAUUAUUUCUUUAAACGAGGUGGACAUAUCAUUCACCUGGUUGUUCUAUACGAAAUAAUGGAUAAAAGUUGGUGGCAUGGGGCAAUAGUAAUGGAUGCAGCAAAUGAAGAGUUACAGGAAUACCAUUCUUAUAUACAUGCUUCUAGAGUAGGAGUAUUUGCUGGUCUAGUAGAUAAGUUUGAAACUGUACAAGUGAAGAUGGACAGCAUUUCUGUGAAUGCCCCCAGGUACCCCAAGUGGACCCUGGCACAAAUGAACAAUUCCAGAUAUAUAGAAUGCAAUCACACUCAGGCAAAACUGUUUUACCAAAAAUAUCCACUAGAAGAAACAGAAAGAAUGAGGACUUUUAGAGAGCAGGCCAUCAACUUGCUACGGAAGGGGUCAGCGAUUUUGGAUGGUCUUGGAGUGAGGUUUUGGCUAAGCAGUGGGACCUGCCUUGGAUGGUAUAGGCAAUGUGAUAUAAUCCCACACACAACAGAUGUAGAUUUUGGCAUUUGGAUAAAAGAUUAUAACAAGAAAAUAGUUCCAUCUUUUCUUAGCCAUGGCUUCAGUCUGGACCAUCAGCUUGGGAAGGUCUCGGAUAGCUUCCAGUUGUCUUUCAAGUAUGGAGAUGUUAAAUUAGACAUCUUCUUCUUUUAUGAAGAAGGGGAAUAUAUGUGGAAUGGUGCUACUCAAGUUAAGACAGCAAACAAAUACAAGUAUUAUUUCCCAAGGUUUACCCUUUGUUGGACAAUGUUUUAUGUUGAAAAAGUAAGAGUGCCAUGUGAAACUCAGUCUUAUCUAGAGGCCAACUAUGGAACAAACUGGUGGGAGCCUGUAAAGAUUUGGGACUGGAAAAAGAGUCCACCAAAUGUCCGAGAAAAUGGACAAUGGCCAGAAGAGGAGUGGGAUGAUGUCAUUCAGAUUCCUGAUAGUUAAUUUCACAAAUUUAUUUGAUCUCAUAUUGUUCUUAUUUGGUGUUGCUGAUAUUUCUAUGCAUUUAAAGGUACAGAACUUCAUAUAGUGUUCAGUGCUGUAAUACAUGUAGGAAUUUGCUUUUCUACAUGGAAGAUUUACCCAAUGAACAUUGAAGUGGACUUCAGUGUUUGUUAAAUGGACUUCAUUUAGAAAGAUAUUAUGGAUUUUAUCAUAUUCCAACAUGUAUAUAAACCGUCUGUGCCAAAAAACCUUUUUGCCUACUGGAAUACCAGGAUCUAAGGAUCUAUUGACCCAAAGAUGAAUUAUCAGCCAGUAACAGAACAAAUUUACAAAAUUUUACUGGUGGCUUCAGUUUUACUGGAAUUUGGCUUGAUGUCAGUGUUAAAGGCAAAGGCUUAUCUUAAUACAGAUUAAUAUCUUUAAGGUGCAAUGGCGAGUGUCAUACAUGUAUAGUGAUGUAAAAGAGUUAACAUGUAUUAACAAGAACUGAUUCAGAGCUGGAUGUUUUUUCUGUCCUAUGCUCAGGAAGAAUAAAUACAUCAUAUAUCUAAAUGAAUUGGGUGAUAACAUCCAUGUUAAAAAACAAUGAAUUAUUUAUUUAAAAUCAUUUACCAUGGUUAAUAGCAUAUGGGUGCUGUUUGUUGGGAAUUGUUUUUACUGGAGAAUGAUAUUGCAAUUAGCCAUUCAGGCAGUACAUAGGUAACCUCAAGUCAAAACUGGGAUUGUUCAAAGCCCAAGCAUUGUUCAAAUGAAGACAUGCUCUUAGACUUUAGACUCAUUUUUAUAUAGUUCUAAUUUAUAACUUUAGUUAAAGGAAAUGACAUUAAAACUACAUCUUGUA